AUGGGCGGCAACGGCAAGCACCGCUGGAAAAUCUCCUUCCACCACCGCUCCAAACCGCCGCCACCACCGGAACCCCCGAAGGAGUUCCUCUGCCCGAUCUCCGGCUCCCUCAUGUCCGACCCCGUCGUCGUCUCCUCCGGCCACACCUUCGAGCGCCUCUCCGUCCAGGUCUGCCUCGACCUCGCCUUCCUCCCCAUCCUCGACGACUCCUCCCUCCCCAAUUUCGCCGCCGUCAUCCCCAAUUCCGCCUUCAAGAGGACGAUUCACAACUGGUGCGACGCCUCCGGCCUCCCGCACCCUCCGCCGCCGGACUACGCCUCCCUCGAGAAGAUCGUGCGGGGUAAGAUGAACGACUCGCCGUCGUCGUCGAUUUCGAACGGGAAUCCCGAUCUUAGGGUUUCCGAGAGGGAGCUGCUCAAGGCCGUGGCGGAGAACCCUCCGAUUUUAUUCUCCCACGCCGCGACAGAGGUGAGUCCCCGAGUUAAUCAUUUCUACUCCGGAUCGUCGGAGGAAUCUGUAAUCGUCGACGGCGGAGGAGAUGCCAGUCCUGUCACUCCGGUCACCCCGCUUCCUCUGGCUACGAAACCAGCCUGCUAUUCCUCCGCCACGUCGUCCAAUUCGUCCUCCGAGAUAACCGAGCUCGAAACCCUAACCCUAACUCAGACCCCGAGCUCCACCAAUUCGUCCGAUUGCAGCAGCUCCUCGAUCCCCGAGGAGGCCGAAAUCGUGGCGAAGCUGAAAAGCCCCGAGGUUCACGAACAGGAACAAGGCGCGAUUCAGCUGCGGAAGCUCACCAGGACGAGAGACGAAAUCAGGGGUCCGCUCUGCACUCCGCGGCUCCUCUCGUCGCUUCGCAGCGCAAUCGCGUCGAGAUACAGCGUGCUGCAGAUCAACGCCAUGGCCUCGCUGGUGAAUCUGUCCCUGGAGAAGCCUAACAAGGUGAAGAUCGUGCGGUCUGGAUUCGUCCCUUUGUUGAUUGAUUUCCUGAAGAAUGGGUCCAGCGAGUCGCAGGAGCACGCUGCUGGGGCGCUCUUCAGUUUAGCUCUGGAGGACGAGAACAAGAUGGCGAUCGGCGUGCUGGGGGCGCUGCAGCCGCUGAUGUACGCCCUGAGAUCGGAGAGCGAGCGGACUAGGCACGAUUCGGCCCUGGCAUUGUACCACCUGACCCUGAUCCAGAGCAACCGCGCGAAACUGGUGAAGCUUGGUGCUGUCCCGACGCUGCUGAGCCUGGUGAAGACGAGCGGGCUGGCGAGCAGGCUGCUGCUGGUGCUCUGCAACUUGGCGGUGAGCGCGGAAGGGAGGUCUGCGAUGUUGGAUGGGAAUGCGGUGGCGAUACUGGUGGCAAUGCUGAGGGAAGGCGAAGGAGGUGGAAGGGGGGAUGCGGAGGUGAUGGGGAUCAGGGAGAACUGCGUGGCGGCGCUGUACUCGUUGAGCCAUGGGAGCUUGAGGUUCAAAGGGCUGGCGAAGGAGGCGAGGGCGGGGGAGGUGUUGAGGGAGGUGGAGGAGAAGGGGAGCGAGAGGGCGAGGGAGAAGGCGUGGAGGAUAAUGCAGAUGAUGAAGGGGAGAGACGAAGAGGCGGCGGAGGAAGUGGAUUGGGAGGAGGUGCUGGAGUCGGGUGGAUUCAGCAGGAGCCGGUACCACCGGGGAAUGCCUGCCGGUGGGGGCGGGAGGAAGGCUGCUGCUCCGAUUUCCAGUGAGUUCUGA